AUGUUUGCUGGGAGCCCUGCCCUCAACCAAUCCGGCCCCACUGAGUUUGUGUUCCAUGUGUUCACAGCUGUGCCUGAAUUCCAGGUCCUCCUCUUCCUCCUCUUCCUCCUCCUCUACUUGAUGAUGCUUUGCAGCAACACCGCCACCACCUGGGUGGUGUGCACACACAGCUUCCUCCGCACCCCAAUGUACUUCUUCCUCUCCAAUCGGUCUUUCCUGGAAGUUUGCUACACCUCAGUUGUGGUGCCAUUGAUGCUUUCUAACAUUUUGGGGGCCCAGAAGCCCAUUCCGUUGCCUGGUUGUGGAGCCCAAAUGUUCUUUUUUGUCACUAUUAGCAGCACGGACUGUUUCCUCUUGGCGGUCAUGGCGUAUGAUCGCUACGUGGCCAUCUGCCACCCACUGCACUACACCCUCGUCAUGACCCAGAAGCUGUGCGUCCAGAUGCUGGCCAGAACCCUGGGCCUGGCCCUCUUCCUCUCCCUGCAGUUCACCUCCUUAAUCCUCACCCUGCCCUUCUGCGGGCACCACCGCGAAAUCAACCACUUCCUCUGUGAUGUGCCUCCAGUCUUGCGGUUGGCCUGUGCUGACAUCCGCGUGCACCAGGCCGUCCUCUAUGUCAUGGGCAUCCUGGUGCUGACUGUCCCCUUUCUGCUUAUCUGUGUCUCCUAUGUGUUCAUCAGGCGCAUCCGUUCUGCUGAGGGCCGCCGCCGGGCUCUGUACACCGGCUCCUCCCACCUCACCGUGGUCUUGCUGAAGUAUGGCUAUUGCAGCCUGGUCUACCCGCGUCCCCGGUCCAGCACCUCAGAGGAUGAGGACCGCCAAAUCGCUCUGGUCUACACCUUUGUCAUCCCCUUACUUAACCCCCUGAUCUCUACUCUGGGCAACAAGGAUGUCAAAGCUGCUCUGAGGAAUGCUAUCAUUCAUAAAGCAGCAUCUGACACCAGUUGA